ACCAUGGUGUCAAACGGACCCUGCACACUCCUUACGCGAUUCCGAGGCACCCUGGUAAAUUUCCCACCAUCAGUUCCUCUAUACCAAAAUGUUUAGAACGCCGCAAUCUGCCAUCUGGAUUUUUAAUGUAUAAAUAUAUCAAAACCUCUGAGUACCUAGAACACACAUCUGGUAAUAAUUGCCUGCAGAGAUGUUUGCGCGUUUGUUUAGUCGGUGAAGAAGGAGAAAAGUUAAUACAAUUUGAAUCAGCAAAUCGAGCCUCUACCUCUUCCAAUUUGAAAUAUGACUUCUUAAUGACAUCUUUUUGCUUUUUUGGGCUGUUGAGCACCUACUUGACAUGGGGAUACCUUCAAGAAAAAAUAAUGACGCAGGAGUAUAGAAACUCUAAUGGGGACAGGCAGUUCUUCAAAGACUCGCAGUUCUUGGUGUUUGUAAAUCGUGCUCUGGCUGUAAUUUUUUCAGGAGUUUACUUACUUUUUACCAAACAGCCAAGACAUACACCGCCCCUGUACAAAUAUAUUUAUGCAUCUCUAUCUAAUAUCAUGAGUUCUUGGUGUCAGUAUGAAGCUCUCAAAUUCGUCAGUUUUCCAACGCAGGUUUUAACCAAAGCCUCAAAAAUUAUUCCUGUCAUGGUGAUGGGAAAAUUGAUGUCUCAAAAAAAAUACGAAUAUUACGAGUAUGUCACAGCUAUCAGUGUUUCUAUUGGCAUGAUGUUCUUCUUGUUUGGUACACCGGAAGACAAGAAAUCAGGUGCCUCUGUGACAACCGUGUCUGGUUGCCUCCUCUUAAUUGGCUACGUUGUUUUCGAUAGCUUCACCUCAAACUGGCAAGGUGCUCUCUUCAGUCAGUACCGCAUGAGUUCGGUGCAAAUGAUGUGUGGAGUGAACGUCUUCUCCUCACUGCUUCUCCUUGUUUCACUUGUUGUUCAAGGCAGCCUCUUCAAAUCUUUAGCAUUUAUGACCAUGUUCCCUGCUUUUGUUUAUGAUUGCAUCAUUAUCUCUACAAGCUCUGCUGCCGGCCAAUUUUUUAUUUUUUUCACAAUCGAAAAUUUUGGACCUGUUGUUUUUACAAUCUUCAUGACAGUGAGGCAGGUGCUGUCUGUAUUACUAUCGUGUUAUAGCUACUCACACACCGUCAGUAAUAUCAGCAUCAUAGGUGUAGUUUUAAUAUUUAUUGCCACUUUCCUACGGCUGUACUGUGAUCAACAGAUGAAAACAUCAAAGAGACGCAAUCAUCCUCUACUAUCAACCCCUGUCUAAUCAUUCUCCGUUUACUACAGGUGGCUCAAUGUUGAUGGGCGGAUCGUCCUAUGAACCAGACCUAUCUGUACUUGACCGUGAUACCUACUUGACACACUUGGGAUUGUAGGGAAUUCAUUGUUAAUAUGCCGCGAAAAUGUCAUAUGUAACCACCGACACCAGACUUAUUUCAUUUUAGGUAUCCUGGUCAAGUUUAAUUUUUAUUUUAUGUCCUUUAAAAUAGUUGUGUUCCAUACUGUGAUAGAAAUUUUGGCUUAUUAGCUGCUGGUUUGAAUGGAUGGGUAGUCUUUCAAAUUUAAAAAUGUAAACUCAAAAAAGUAUUGUCUCAGAAAAUUGUCUAACUUUCUUUAUUCACUUAUCUUGAGAAGGAAAGAUGAACCCAUCUUAUUACAAGCUUUUUGUGCGCUAUUUUACGAAAAGGAAGUUAUGUUCUUCCGUAUUUAAGACAACGUAUGUUUGUUUACAUAAAUUACUACAUCUGAGGGGCUCGGAAGACGAGGCGCACAAGUGCAGUUUUUAUUAUUUCGAAAAAACAAAUCUGAAGUUCUGGAUUAUACUCAAACCUAUAGAGUGUUCCGAAUACCUUCAAAAUUUACAAGUGUUUGUCUCGCACCUUCAUGAACAUCUUCUGAAAUUUAGCUCAGUUGAGCCAAAUUGAGGCCAGCAGUUGGGUUUAAAGUGAUGGUAGGUCGCACUUAUCCUGCGUCCCCUCUGAACGAAAAAUGCACUUAUCCCAUUCGCUAUUUUCUCUGUGUCAAAUGACUUCCAGACAAAAUCUCUCAGUAUUCUGAUAGACCUUACCCUCAACUACCAAAAAACACGCACAACUCAAUUUUGAUCAAAGACAUGCUUCUGAGCACACAAUUCUAUUUUUAAUUCUAUCCUUCCUUUUUGAACUUGAAAAACCGCGAGAUGGUACGAAUAUUUGUUCCCCCUUCGCCUUUUCUUCCUAUUUUUAUCUAUAAUGUGUUUUCAGUGAGAUCUAGUCGUGUUCCUCUAUCUCAGUUGUUGAAAUACAAGCAUAACGAGCUAUGGCACGCAGCUGAGGCGGCUGGGCUCUAAUCUCUAGUCUCGAAUUUCUAAAAUUGCACUUAUGCGUUUUGGCUUCCAAGCCCCUCAUCUGAAAUCGUUUGCAUAACUUCAUAUUUUGUAAUUUUACCAUGCUUCUCUCUCUUUCGUUAAUCUUUGUGAAUAAACGGGACGUAGACUAUUGUCCUAUGCAAGAGUGCUAUAAUAUCAAGUCAGAUUUUGCUAUCAUUUCGCGCAUAAAUUAAUGAAGUAAUAUGUCACGUGAGUACCUCAUGCUAUUGCUAUAAAGAAUUCACUUACCUUUGAGAGGCUUAUCGCAUGUAUAUAAAGAAUGGAUUGUUUAUGAGAGUGUGUGUGUAUAUGUAUAUAUGUAUAUAUUCUUGGACUUUGCCAUUAAGUUGAGCAUGUAUGGUUUCCUAUCUUAAGUUUAGCAGACCAUGCUUCGGUGAAAAAGUUGUACGUUGAGCGUAUAUAAAAGAAAUAAGCUCAACGUACAACAAUUUGUCAAUCCGCUGCUCGCACCAAGCAAGCAAGCAUAGUUUCAUCUCUGAUUUUUUCCUCAUCGUGCUGCAAGACACGCAGUGCAGUUUUUUGUGAAACCGAAUGACUAGCGCGGGGAAUCUAGGUCCUAACAUUUUCGAAUAAUUACGACCGAAACAAAUAUGUAAGUGCGGCAUGUCCAAAAAAUCACCUCAUCAAGCUGAUUUAAAUGGCUUAAGUUGUUAUAUUAAGAAUUUUGAAAUCAAGUGCCCCACAAGGGCCCAAAAUUUUGGAAAGAUUAUGACCACAACGUGUAUCAAAGUGCAGCAUGCCUUCGGAAAAGUUUUUUGCUCUGGCGAUUUUGCGCUCUCCUUUCCCCCGAAAAAUGUCAUCCCUCAACUCCCCCCUCCAAAGGCCUCCGUUCAAAAUUAACUCCUCCCCCCUCCAAAAAAAAUUAUAAGUUCCCCCAAAUAACACGUUACCUCGAAUUUCUCAAGCCUCAUGUUGACAAGGAUCUGAUCAUUUCCUUUAAAUGUUGGCAACAUCGGGAAAAGCUCUGGACCUAUUUAAAAGAUGACUUCUAGAGAGAAGCUCACGUUCUUUUUAGAACUGGAAUAAAUUGUCAUGCCAAAUGCGAUGGGUCGUUGCAGCGGCCAGUCAAUCCCGGCUAUGUCACAAUGAUGAGGGCUUGAAUUCCGGACGUCUGCCUUUAUUCCGUAUGUUUUCGCAACACUGGGAAAACCUCUGGAGCUUUUCAACGAACUCUUACGCAAGGAAAUUUUACGCGCUUGUCAAAUUUAAAGUUAUCUUCUAGGUACCUUAAAAGCAAUGGAUCGUUGCAACGGACUAUCAAUCCCUGCUCAGUCACAAAGUUGAGGGCUUAAUUUCGCACAUCUGAUCUUAUACCAUGUUUUUUGGCAACACUGGGAAAACCUUCAGAGCUUUUCAACAGAUGAUUUUGAAAGGAAAUUUUACGAUCUAUUCAGAACUGGAAUAAUAUUUCUUGCCGAAGGCGAUUUGUCAUUGCAACGGGCCGUCAAUCCCUGCUGUGUCACAAGAUUGAGCGCGUAAAUUCUACAAGUCUAAUUACAUUCUGUAUUUUUGGCAACACUUGGAAAACCAUGAAGCUUUUUUACAGAUGAUUUUGAAAGAAAAUUUUUCAUCUCUUGAAUGAUCAUCAGAUGCACACUUACGAAGCUAGGAUAAGAGCAUUUUUGAACUUUUGUAAGAAAUUAAAAUUAACUAGGCAACAUUGCUUUAGAGCUUGGUUAGAGCAACGAUUUAAGAGCUUGAUAUUGUGAGAA